AUGGCAAGCAGAUCAUCAGAAACUACGCCGCUUCUUGGCCCUGGUAGCGCGGUUGAGGCUCGGGAUGCACACUCGGCCGCUCCACCGCAGGUGCUGCACGAGCCGUCAGGAACAGCCUCGAUCACAGCCAGAAUAUCUUCCAUUCUGGGCCCAGCCAACCGUAUCUUGCUUGCUGGGUUUUUGAUGAGCUUCACCCUGGGCAUUACCCAAGUGCCCAUCCUUUAUGUCUUCCGUAUGAUGGAAUGCGACCGUUUCUACACGCACAACCCACCCUACGAUGGCCCAUGGGAGGACCGGUGUCAUCGUCGUGAGAUCAACGCCGGGACCGCUCAGCAGGUGUCCAUCCUCGGCAUGUCAACCUCCUUCAGCGGCGUCUUCAACCUCUUUGUCUGCGGCUACUUCAUCAAGCUCUGGGGUCCUCGCUGGGCUUACGUCUCCCAGACCUCGCUCCUGGGCUUUCGGGUGUCGACCCAGAUCCUUGCCGUCACCAUUGGCGGACGAACAGGGGAAAUUGUGUUCCAAGCUUGUCAGGCCAUUGGCAUCAUUGGUGGACCUCGCGGUUAUCAGCUCGUCCUCAACACUUCUGUAGCCGAGGUCGUCGCGGCUCGGGACCGCACAGCUGUAUUCGGCCGGCUUCAAGGAGCAAUCAUGCUCGGCACCGCCUUUGGCUUUUUACUGGGUGGUGUUCUUGGAGACCUCUAUGGCAUAAGGCGACCUUUCGAGGUUGCAUUUUUCCUCUACGUCAUUUCCACCAUAUAUGGGGCCAUAUUUAUGCCAACGGAAAUUGCCAAGAGCAAAAAGAACGGAACCACGGCGCCGAAGAAAGUCGGCAUUGCGGCAUUCUUUGCGCCUCUUCGGGUCAUCGUGCCACAUAAAUAUAGGCUGGCGUCCGGCAAGGUUAUUACAAAUUACGGACUUAUCUUCCUUGCGACUGGUCUGUUUCUCGGAGUGUUCGCUUCUGGCUAUUGCCCAACGCUGCUGCAGCUUUACGCUACAGCAUCGUUCAACUGGAGCACGACCGAGAACGGCUACCUAAUGUUUGGAAAUGCAUUAGUCAGAGGCAUGUUCCUGAUAGUCAUCUUCCCGCGCGUCAUAUCCGGCGGCAGAAUAUGGUUCAACGGCGGCGGACCUCCUGAUGCAUCAAUUGCUGGAAAUGGUGCCACUAUUUCCUCCUCCGCCACGACGAUCGUUGCUGCCAAUGAUGAUGACGACGUGGAAGAACGGGCAAGCAUCAAAGCGGGCAAAGACACCCUACCCACGGAUCCCAUGGACUUCCCUGCCGCCGAGGGGCUAGAGGUGCCACAAGAACCUCUGCUAUCCCCGCAGGCAUCUCACCAGCAGACGUACGGUGCUGCCAACCAACCGACCGACGACAGUGCGACAAAGCAAGACGACGAGGAAGACUGGGGCAUCGAGUUUGAUUUGUUCUUUGUGCGAUGGAGUCUCGUCAUUGACUCACUUGUGACAUUUUUUGCAGGCUUCUCGUCGCAAGGGUGGCAUGUCUAUCUCGCCGGCUUCGUCCUCCCUUUCGCUUCAGGCUCAGCGCCAGCCGCCAAAGGCUUGUUGUCUGAACUCUGCCCGCCCGAGCAGCGUGGAGAUGCACUCAGCGGCAUCACUCUCGUUGAGAGUAUGGCCACGUUGCUCACCCAAGGUCUCUUUGGUGUCAUUUUUGCCGCCAUGUCCGAGAUCGAUCAGCCGCGGCUGACCUUCUUCUGCAAUGCGGGUUUUGCUGUGUUGGGGUUCAUUGUGCUGUUCAUGGCCAGACUUCCGCCUGCCGGAAGCAAGCGCAUAGAUGAUCACAACGACGAUAACUCAACAGACCCUCUGCUAUCAUCAGCUGCGGCAGCUUCUUCUGCUGCUACAAAUGGAGGACAAAGAUAA